UGGGUGAAAACUUGUCGUGCGGUCUUGUUUUAAUGUAGGUAGGCCUCCUGCGAAUUUUCUUGCAAUCGGAGUCCGUUUGAUACCCGAACGGUCGACCGUAGCGGUACCGUUGUCGGUUUGUCGUCGGAUGUUUUUGGUGUUUAAAACUCUAUGUUGGGUCGCAAACAUCCCUCUCUUCUCGCAACCCGAACACUCUACAACCCAACACAACCCAUCUAACCUAACCACCUCGGCUUUCGAACCGUCUGAUUGAAAUCCGACGAUCCGAAACGGGUGGGACUAGCUAACCCUAGGCCUACCUGCUAUAAUUAGCUGCCUACACCCUAUCUAUUUUGGCCUCAGCUCUCCUCCACCUCGAAACCAGCGCCAUAACCACCACGUGGUCGCCUCUCUCUCCCUCCCAGCGCUGAAGCCCCACAAGCCCAACCUGAGCCCACCCGGGCCCGACCGCACCCGUAGCUCCCAGCGCCCAGCGCCGCCUCCUGCAGCGCUCGAUACACAUGGGAUCGAGGAAAGUGCCUCCCGCGCCCGAGAAGCUCGUGCUUCUCCCGUGCCUCCUCGUCGGAGUCCCGUUGGUCCGCCGUGUCGCCCCGUGCAGGGCCUCCUCCGCCGUCGGUAGCUCUGCCCCGGAGCUGCUCUGCCGCCAGCCGCCCGAUCCCAUGGUGUUGCUACCCGUGCUCCGCCACCUCCUGCAAACCGCGCCUCAUCGUGGGAGCUCGCUGGGACCCGGCCAGAUCCGGUCGCCCCGGCCUUGCCACCGCUGGAUCUGCCUCCCCGGCCGGUGCCUCGCCCAUGCCUCACGUGUUGCUCGUCGGAGCCGCUGCCAUGGCCUUGUGCUCUUGGCUCCUGGAGGAGCACAGGAGGAACGAUGCCGUGCCAGACCUGGCAUUGACCGUGCCUCCCAUGGGACGGGCCCAGCGACGAGCGGCCGAGAACUUUGCCAAUCCAGCUCGGCCAGAUCCACCGAGCUGGCCCAUCGGUCCAACCGACCACCUCAGCCACCGCCGAGUUGGGCCGCAGCCCGCGAGGAAAUUAUCAGUCAAAAUGAUGCAUCCCUAAGCGGGAUGAGAAAAAGUCUGGGUGUCAACAAGACGCCAGGGCCGCAACAGAGGAAAAACUUCGAGUUACAUUGAGAGAACUUGAACAGGUCAUGGCUGAGUAUCUGAUUUUUAAGGAGUUGACUGUAGCCAAAAAAGCCGCCCUUGUGAAACUAGAUGAGAAGGACGAGGGCCGAUUGAAACAAGCCACCUGGUCUGCUGAUACGUCUCCAUCGUAUCUACUUUUCCAAACUCCUUUGCCCUUGUUUUGGACUCUAAUUUGCAUGAUUUGAA